UGUGUUUUCAAUCCCAAGGUGGCUGUUGUGAUUGUCAAGAAGCGUGUCAAUGCUAGAUUCUUCCACAUGGCUAGACAAGAUCUGAGCAAUCCUCCUCCAGGCACAGUUGUGGACAGUGAAGUAACAAGACCUGAAUGGUUUGACUUCUACUUGGUAUCUCAGUCUGUACGCCAAGGCACAGUAACACCUACACAUUACCACGUUGCAUGGGAGACUACUGGCUUAAAACCUGAACAUAUCCAGAGAUUGACUUACAAAAUGUGUCACCUGUACUUCAAUUGGCCAGGUACUAUUCGUGUGCCAGCUCCUUGUCAGUAUGCUCACAAAUUGGCUUUCCUGGUUGGUCAGAGUUUACACAAAGAACCUCAUGCUGAGUUGUCUGAUCGUCUGUACUUCUUGUAAGAAGCAGGAGGCAACCUAAUUAUUGUUAGGAAGAUGAGAGAAACGUGGAGACAAGAUGAAUUGAUGCUGAAACUUUUUAUUUAGCAAGAGUAACUUUAUAUUGACAGAUAUAGAAAUCAUGAUGUCAAAUUCUUUGCCUUAAAUUUAUUUUCCAAUGACAAAAAAAUUAAGAUUAUCAUGUUGGCUUGAUUUUUUAUGGCUGUUUAAUUUUGAUGAUAGUUCAGUUACAAAGUGCCUCUCUGAGAAGUAAAAACUAACUCUUGAGAAAAAGAAAAUGCUGGCAAUUUAUUUUUAUUCUAUAUAUUUUUUACUAUUAUAUAGAUUAGUUUUUAAGUAUCGCUGUGGACAUACAUAUAGAACAUUUGUAAACUGGGAUAACAGAAGUAUGUGAACAGACUGAUGCUUUAUCUUGUUGUUACUGUUGAAAAAAUAUUCAGUUCUAAUUUUGGACACAAAUAUGCUUGAUAUUGGUUCACUUAAAGUUACUUACAUAUAUUUAUUGUUAUGUAGAUUAGAUUUUUAUGCCUGCAGUUCCAGACAAAAAAGAUUGUAUUCUGGGAUCAUUCCUAUUCGUCAAAACUGAAUGUUGCAGAUUGUUUUUUAUUUCAGUUUUGAUUUUUGAAAGCAUGCUUAGAAGAAUCUAACAUGUACAUCUUUAUUGCUGAUUGUUUUAUGAAUUCGUUGUACCAAGCCUUGAUUGUUUUUUUAUAGAACAGACUUAUGCAGUAGAUCUAUGAAUUAACCAAAGUCUCACCUCACCUCACCUCACCAUGGUACAAUAUCUUAUAUUUAUCUGUUGUCAUAUGAAUGGCUAUGUUGCCAUGAUAUUAUGUUGAUGUUCAAUAAAACUGUUAUAAAA